AACAGUCCACAGUGACGAGAGCGAGCCUGCGGACUUCCAACCGCCUGAGAGCCGCCACUCCGAGGAGUCAAGCCACAAAAGAUGGCCAUUUGAGACAUUUUUAUUCGCUUUUCUCCACCAAAGCAACGACGUAGCGUUACGCUCACCUGAGGACCUUUGGUGUGCGUCGUCUUCCGUUUUUUUCUGGAAGACCGGGACGUGUUUUUUCCACUGAAGUGAGAGUGGGCUGCUUGGAGUCACUUACAAAGACCAUCAAGAAGUCAUGACACGGCGAGGAUUUAUUUGGAUGUAACUCUUGAAAAUAACACAACAUUCGAUUGUGGGUCGAGACGUUCGAGUUAUACGAGAGUAGCAGCGAACCCUUGGGACGUUAAAUGUAGAUUUGCGUCGCUUUUUGGACCCUCAUUGAGUCGCCCUACUUGGAUCAAAGUUUUUCCUUCCCUCCCCCUCCUCCUCCUCCUCAACUAUGGCGGCGGCCAGGUCCACCACUGGCUAUGUGCUUGUGCGGAUCAUGUGGCUGCUGUGCGGGAUGUCCUUCUCACCAGCUUCCGCUCAACACUACAGCAGCGAGAGUGGAAUAUCCAUCCCGGAGCAUGGAUUCUGCCAACCUAUCUCCAUCCCGCUCUGCACCGACAUCGCCUACAACCAGACCAUCAUGCCGAACCUCCUGGGCCACACCAACCAAGAAGACGCCGGGCUGGAGGUGCACCAGUUCUACCCCUUGGUGAAGGUCCAGUGCUCUGCUGAUCUGAAAUUCUUCCUCUGCUCCAUGUACGCUCCCGUGUGCACGGUUCUGGAGCAAGCCAUCCCCCCUUGCCGGUCCCUGUGCGAGCGUGCACGACAAGGAUGUGAAGCCUUGAUGAACAAAUUCGGCUUCCAGUGGCCGGAGAGGCUCCGCUGUGAGGCUUUUCCCGUCCACGGAGCUGGUGAGAUCUGCGUGGGUCAGAACACAUCCGAGCCCAGCAGCCCGGGCUCCUCGUCUUCACCGUACGCACCCGAGCUGAUGACGCUCCCCCCCAGCAUGGGCCGACCCAAGUCUCCACAGCACAACCAGUACCACGAGUUCUCCUGCCCGCUGCAGUUGGAGGUUCCGUCGUACCUGGGAUACAGAUUCAUGGGGGUGAAAGACUGCGGGGCCCCUUGUGAACCCACCAAGCCCACCGGGAUCAUGUAUUUCCGGGAGGACGAAGUGAAAUUUGGCCGCCUCUGGGUGGGGAUCUGGUCCAUCCUGUGCUGCGUGAGCACUUUAUUCACAGUGCUCACCUACCUUGUGGAUAUGAGGCGCUUCCGAUACCCCGAGCGACCCAUCAUAUUUUUAUCUGGCUGCUAUUUCAUGGUGGCUGUGGCAUACGCCGCUGGCUUCUUCCUGGAGGACAAAGUUGUUUGUGUGGAUAAAUUCAAGGAUGACGGCUACAGGACUGUGGCUCAGGGGACCAAGAAGGAGGGAUGCACCAUUGUCUUCAUGGUCUUGUACUUUUUUGGAAUGGCCAGCUCCAUCUGGUGGGUGAUUCUGUCCCUCACGUGGUUCCUGUCAGCAGGCAUGAAAUGGGGUCAUGAAGCAAUCGAAGCCAACUCGCAGUACUUCCACCUAGCUGCCUGGGCAGUCCCCGCCAUCAAAACCAUCACCAUCCUGGCCAUGGGCCAAGUGGAUGGAGAUGUUCUGACUGGAGUGUGUUUUGUGGGGAUCUUCAACGUGGACGCCCUCAGGGGCUUCGUCCUGGCUCCGCUUUUUGUCUACCUGUUCAUCGGAACCUCUUUCCUUCUGGCUGGCUUUGUGUCCCUCUUCCGGAUCCGUACGAUCAUGAAGCACGACGGCACUAAGACGGAGAAGCUGGAGAAGCUGAUGGUCCGCAUUGGCGUGUUCAGUGUGCUGUACACCGUGCCGGCCACCAUCGUCAUCGCCUGCUACUUCUACGAGCAGGCCUUCCGGGAGCACUGGGAGAGGACCUGGCACAUGCAGACGUGCAAGCGCUUUGCCGUGCCCUGUCCGCUCCACAACUAUGCCCCCAUGACCCCCGAUUUCACCGUCUUCAUGAUCAAAUACCUAAUGACCAUGAUCGUCGGUAUCACUUCUGGCUUCUGGGUCUGGUCCGGCAAGACCCUGCAGUCGUGGAGGAGGUUCUACAAGCGCCUUAGCAACGGUAACCAUGGGGAAACGACAGUGUAAAGUGGAACAAGGUACAGAAUUACAAUAACCAUUAAGAGAAAUGAGGUUACAUAGCUUUCAUUUUUAUACUGUUUUGGACUUAUUGUUUUGUAUUUGUGACAAGUCCGCAGGCCCACAGACUGAACUUUUAUCCUUUAUACUCAAUUUGGAAUGGAACAAUCCGCAUAGUUUCCCCCAGAACUCUUUCUUUUAUAUAUUUUUGGAUUCCUAAUGUACAACCUUGGACUGUCAUUAACACCGGACUUGAAGUUUUUAUCCUCACUCACUACAUCCUUUUACGUUUGCUUCCAUGUUGAAUGUACUUUGUGUCUACUAUCACAGUGGCAUGACAUGACGGAAAAAUAAGACUGAUGGCCUUAAAAACGGCCCAAGGUGUGUGUGCCGCAGCAACUCCCCCACCCCCGUGUCCUGACUGUGAAUGCAUUCUUCCGGCUUACCUGGCUCUGACAUUGUACAUGUUAAGUUACUCUACCCAUCGUGGAAGACUGAACUGCUAAUAAGCUUAUUAGAUAAAUGCAGUAGCUUGUGCCAAGGUGCUGCCCACAAUCCUCGUGGAAAUCUUUUUCAACAUUGUUCCACCUGCAUUGAAUGUUCACUCCGAAGGUGAAUGAAGUUACUGUUUGUGUUGGUUUGCACGAAGGUUUGUUUAAAAAAAAAGUGUUAAAAACGACUGUUACAGUACAAGGCUUACUCAGCUGAAAGUUAACGUGACGUCAAAUUCCCGAUCUUUUGUCUGUUACCGCCAUGAUGAAGCACCGCCUUUGCUGUGACGACCCGUUUGCAGCCAGUUUAAUGCCUGUAAAGAGAAAAACCUACUCCGAGUCUCAAUUGGCUUCUUCAGUUUUGUGUUGUGCUUCUUCAUGAACUCAUCGGUACCAAUGGGCGGAUUUUAGGGACCACACACACACAGCACAGCUUCAGCUCACUCUGUGUGUGUGGUCUCUGAACUGGACCAGAAAGACUGUAAGGCGUUUGUGGGAGUGGAUUUUGAAUGUUAUUCUUGCUUAGAUAAAGACGAUUGUUCACACUUAAGCCCGCCAUUCUUUGUUAUUGCAUUUAGAUGUGUUAAAUGGAUUUCACUCUUAUUUUAUUUUUUUUUUAAGUUGUCCCACAUCCAGACUGAGAUUUGAGAUUGAUUUUAUUAAUUGCAAGUAUUGCAAGCCUUUCAGAACAGAAAGAAGGUGCAUGGCUCUUUAUGUUCUGCUCAUGUGCCAUGCAGAAGCCAUGUUCCAGUCCUUGUGCCUGAUUUGUCCCAAGUGGUGUGAGUGUUUGCGAGUGCGGGAGAGACACCUCGCUGUGUUCAGCAGUCAGGCAGUUGUCAUUUGCGUGUUUGUGUGUGUGUUAAAGCAUUACAUUUGCAUGACCUUGAAUUGUUUACCACUCAUAAUGAUAUCCUAACAGACAUGUUUGUGAAAACUGUCAACCAAGUGUCUUAUUAAACAACCCACUAGUGUUUUUAUAGGGGAGUACUGCUCAGUCAUGUAAUCUGAGAGUUUUUUUAUGCGUCCGGGUGAGGAGACAUUCUUGCACAUUGCAUUUAAUCAUGCAGCAGUAAAAAUAAUCAACCCCCCUUGAUAUUAUUAUAGCUUACACCAGCCUUUUGAGCCCGACUAUAAAUAACUAGUCUGUGGGGAAAAGCAAUCUUGUCAGUGCAUCAGUGGAUUUUUGUCAAGUUGCACAUUUUUCUACAUGUAAAUAGCAAAAAGAGCCUUUCAGAAAUGUGGGUUAUUUUUUCCCCAUCACACAAAUUAUAUUCUGAAUACACUACACUUCACAAUCUUAGCAAAAAUACUGUAUAUACUCAUUUUCAUAGUACUAUCUUAGCAGUAUCCCCAUAUGAAUGUUUGGGUUUUGGCGUGUGUAAGGAGUCAUCUGUUUUGUUUUUCUAUCAACAUCAUUUCAGAUUUGUGUGUGUGUGUGUGUGUGUGUGUGUGUAGGACCAUUAUGCAAGUAAUCCAUUUAACCUCCAACUUCUUAUAGGCAUAUUGUAUUUAUGGGGAUGCUCAUUUGUCUCUUUUUUUACUUGUUUUUAAACACCUGUUGUAUCUGUACAGUCUGAAUAAAAGUGAUAAGGUUUGUAA